AUGGUUUUGUUGAAGAAAAUUUCUGAUGCUAUGGAAGAGAUUGAAUGCAAAAAAUUUGGCCUCGUUCGCGGUUUUCUAACGAUGAUGUUAGAGUGGAAAAGUUUCGAAAAACACUUGGAUGUAACUGGAGAAAUGUAUAAAGAAUGCUUCAUUGAACUCGAAUCUAGGGAGAAGCAUAUGUGUUCUAUUCAAGAAUCAAUCGACGAAAGCUUAAAGGAAGUUGAACUAGUAAGAGAAUCACUUAGCGCGAAGCGUGUUGAAGUUGAGGAUAAAGAGAGAGAGGUUUUAGGAUAUGUCGAUGACUUGAAAAUGAGAGAGGAGAAGUUGAAGGAAAAAGAGUUGUCGAUUCGUGGUGAUCUUGAGGAGUUUGAGAAUGUGAUUGAGGGGAGGGUUAAGGAGAUCGGUAUGCAAGAGAAGAAGUUUCGUGAGCUAGCUUAUGAGCUUGAGUCGAGGGAAGAAAAGUUGAAACAACGAGAGAAUGAGGUGAAAGCGCGAGAGGAAGAACUUGAUUCUGCGCUGAUGUUCAGUAAAAUGCAGCUGAAUUCUAUGAGUGAGUUGAGUCCACGGGCGUGUGACUCGAGGAGGAAAAGAGAGAGGCCGGAGCUGGUGGAGUGCAAUGUGUAUAACAAUCCACUGAAAAGGUCUAAGGCUGUUGAUACGAGCGAUGUUAGUCUGGCGAUAAUUUGUUCUGAUAAAGUUGUUCGCGAUGAGUCUGAAUCAGAACCGGAGAAGACAGAUCAUAAAGGUGUAACGCAAGUAUGUGACUGUCCUCGUGGUAAGUUUCACGACUUUGACAAGGAAAAGGAGAUAGAAAAUUUUGAUGUUGAUCAAAUAUGGGCGUGUUAUGACGAUUUUGAUGGUAUGCCUAGACUCUACGCUCGAGUUGAAAAGGUUUCUUCUACUCCUGAAUUUGAGUUACGAAUGGUCUGGUUAGAAGCUGAUUCGGAUGAAGAACAACAUCGCGCAGAUCAUGAGUUACAGGUUGGUUGUGGUAGAUUUAGACUCGGUAGCUCUCUAGACGUAUCAACUGACCUUAUAUUCUCUCAUCGAGUGCAAUGCAGAAGCGAUGUGCAAGGUUGUUAUCUGAUAUAUCCUAUGAAAGGGGAGACUUGGGUCGUUUGGAGUUCUGAACGACUAGAAGACCAUCAUCGACAGCUUAAGUAUGAGAUCGUGGAGGUCCUUUCUGAUUUCGUUGAUGAUGUUGGUGUACACGUUAGUUAUCUGGAUAAAGUCCAUGGAGUCGUGAGCAUUUUUGAAAGGAGACGUCCUGGAAGUGACUCGUUUGUCAUACCAGCAAACGAGCUGCGCAGAUUUUCUCAUAAAGUUCCCUCGUUUAAGUUGACACAAAUGACAAACGAGUCUUUUGAACUCGAUCCUGCUGCACUACCUGAUUGUUCAGAUAAUGGAAGGUACAACGACAAGGUUAAGGUCGAUUAUGAGGAAGUAGAUGAUGUCUCUACCUUCAAAAUGGAUCGACCUGAAGAGUUUCUCGUGACUAAAUCUGAUCCUGAUGUGAUCUUACCGAUCACUUGA